CCAAAGAAAAGGAAGCGGAAGUGCGCGCAGUCUCCCUGUGCUGUGUCCGGAGCGCUCAGAGUCAGUAACGGCGAUCACGGCUUGUGGAUCCCUGCAGUCUUACCGCUGGCUGCUUUGGGUCGUCAAAUGAAGACGUAGGCUACAAUGAAUCGUUUAAUACUACUUCUGUGAUGUUUUUGUUUUUGUAAAGUACAGACCAGUGGGAUAAAGGCGGCUGGCCUCCCCGCGGAUACGGACACUGGAGACCCGACCGGAACUGGAGGAAUUCUCCCGGUCUGACGUUGCGUUCUACAAAGAGUGACAUCAUACGCAAUCGCAGCGGGACCGUGCAGCGCUCGAGCGUCUGUGCCGCCUUGACCAUGGAGGCGAUUGCCAAAUACGACUUCAACGCCACUGCGGACGACGAGUUAAGUUUCAAACGCGGAGAGACGCUGAAGGUGCUGAAUGAAGAGUGCGACCAGAACUGGUAUAAGGCUGAGCUGAACGGGAAGGAAGGGUUCAUCCCCAAGAACUACAUCGAGAUGAGGCCACAUCCGUGGUUUUAUGGGAAGAUCCCGCGAGCGAAGGCCGAGGAGAUGCUGAACAAACAGAGGCACGACGGUGCGUUUCUCAUCAGAGAGAGUGAGAGCGCCCCGGGAGACUUCUCACUCUCCGUGAAGUUCGGGAACGACGUCCAGCACUUCAAAGUGCUGCGUGAUGGGGCGGGGAAAUAUUUCCUGUGGGUGGUGAAGUUUAACUCGCUCAACUCUCUGGUGGACUACCAUCGCUCCACCUCGGUCUCCCGCAACCAGCCCAUAUUCCUGCGUGACAUCGAGCAAGUGCCGCAGCACUCCACGUACGUGCAGGCUCUGUUCGACUUCGACCCCCAGGAGGAGGGAGAGCUUGGCUUCAGACGUGGGGAUUUCAUCCAGGUGCUCGACAACUCGGACCCCAACUGGUGGAAGGGUGCUUGUCAUGGUCAGACCGGCAUGUUCCCCCGCAACUACGUCACUCCCGUUACUCAAAACAUGUAACUCCAAGCCAACAAAAGAAAUGAACGAAAAGCAACAACAAAAAAAAAAAAAAACAAGAACACAGUCAAGUGAACAGAAUCUGCCUGUUAAAGCGCAUGAGGACUUCCAGCUGGGUUGCCAUAGAAACAGGGACCAUGGAGAGAAGUAGAGGAGAAAAAUGCCGGAUUGGUGCCUUGAAUGCUGAUUGGCCAAGCGGGACGGAACUGUGCUCUGCUAUUGGUGGGUGGUGGCAGUUGGCUGGAAGAGGAGCGAGCCUGCUGGUGUGGUGGGAAGUGUGGAAGCUCUGGUGCAGUCUCAAAAGACCUCUAACUGUGCUGCUUUCUACCUGCCUCUCACUGUUUCUGUGUCUCUCACAGUCAGCUACACUAAGCAUGAAAAAGAUCUUUUACAAAUAAACAAAUGUAAAUUAUUGUGAAGGGGGGGAUGAUGGACUAUCUAUAGCAUUAAGGGGGAGAGAGGCCCAGAGUUGAGAUUUGUGCGUGGUGUUGGGCCAUCUGACUGAAACUCGGAGAGGGGGAGAGAGGGAUAUUUGCAGUGUUUUUUUUUGUUGUUUUUUUUUUUACGUCUUGCUGUGCGGUCUUGCAGUCUCUGUUUUCACACGAGUGAGGCGGAGCAUCAGUAAUAAUAUAAUUUUCAUUUUAGCGUAUAGAUCAGCACGUUUACUCCUCUUAAGAUGUCAUUAGAGGCAAAGAUCGUCAAAAUACCCAGUGAUGUCGUGAGACCAGUGAUGUCAUGGGUUACUGAAUUUACACUAGAAAUUCUGGCUGUUUGAGUAGUGGGACAUUAGUGUGAAACCUCAGUGAGGAUUAGGAACAUGCUGUGUGGUGUAUGGUUUUUUGUUUUGUAGUUUACUGAUCUCUGUUGAGCUCAGUUGAACAGUUCAGUAAAGCCACCAGUGGCAGGAUCCACACAGUGACUAGCUACAUUUGAGGGGUGCCCUAGUAUGCAGGGAUGUUUGUGAAAAUGGCCAAAUUCUCACUGCCUCUCAACCCCCAGCUGAGAUUAUCCGAAUAAUAAUGAUUUGCUCUUUUAAAGUUUCUGUGGGUGUGACGUUAGUCAUUGUUUUUCAUAGCGCCAACAUCUUGGAUCAUUUUUUGCCAAGUAAAUUCCAGUCCAGUUUUUUAACUUCAUCCAGUAGCUGGUUUCAUGUCUGUUUUUACCAGGCCCUUCCAGCUUCUCUGCUGAUGACUGAAGAGGUUGGCAGUGAUGCAUUCUUAUGCUGCUUAACCCUACAAGUCCUCCUGAUUGGUGUUUUAGUAGGUGGAGUUAAUUGGGGCUUAAUUCAGUGGGCGGAGCUGCUGCUGCCUGCUGAGGUGGUGUCAUUUGGCCCAGCUCUGUGCCUUUCCAUCACCGCCUGUAAGUACUCUAAGUACUGGAGCACCUUGUAAGGCCAUGAGCUCCAGGCUGGUGUUCUAUAUAGCCUUGGCCAUGGACAUGAAGAUCUCCUAUAGAUCUUCUGUUUAAACUGUAAGCAGAGAAGAAAGGUUCAGAUCUCCAACUGACAACUGACCACUAACCAAGAGGUUUCCUAAAAUGUUUGGACGUGUAGUGGGACAUUUUGCAUAUUUAAAAAAUGGAACAUUUUCAGAUUAGAUUUUUUACUUAUUAUUUGAAUAUAUGAAAUGUUUAGAGUUAGAUGUUCUGUAUGAUGUAUCAAGAUGCGAUUGAGGGCUGGAGACUUGUAUAUCAGUUUUAAUUAUUAUUAAUCAUGGUUAUCAAUUAAUUUGAAUGACUGCUGCUGAUUUAGCAAUCUGCUGUUAUCUUUUUAUACAGCUGAAAGAAACGUUUUGUGGAGAAAACAUUCUAACUUGUUCCGUUUCUUUUCACAACCAAGGACUAAGACCUUUGAACUUGACAAUGUUCCAUUUUGUCCGUCAAACCAUGAAAAAAAAUGGUAAAUUUCUAAUGUCACGAAAUGGCCGUCACUGUAUCCCCAUGCCUUGUCGACUCAUCGCAACUUUAGAACCUAUGCUCUGAUGGCAGAUUGUACACAGGAUGGAAGGAGUGUUUUCUCCUCUACUGUGAAGGAACCCACGGCCCGCUGAGGACCUUCGGGGGGUGGGGCUUGUAGCACUUGUCGAGCUACAACUCCAUGUUUACUCGUGUCCCUUAUUCAAUAAGUCUGUUAUGUAGUAGUCUAGCAGAUCUGCAGUAAAGGCUGCCAGUGGUGACCUUGUUCGGGUUUUCGUCGUCCUGGUUCCAGCCCGCUCUGCUACUGUUUUGAAGUUGCGUUCUCAUCUGGAAGCUUGUAUCGUGUUGCUCUCGUUGGCCAUGAUUGAUUUUGAGUGUGAAACCCACACCUUCGCCCAUGGAGUCUGCAGACCAGAGCGCCGUGUCAGAAUGCUGACGUCAGCGUCCCUGCCUCUCGUACUGAGCAAAGUGUAUUGUGUUGAUUUACCCAUUUCCCCCCCCCAUGAGUAUAAAGUUCAAUAAAAGGAAGGUGAUUGUUUUUGUUUUUCUCUCAGCACUUCUGGGAGCGUCCACAGUUACACGGUACUGUUGUAACCGGUCAAACAAACUCGCAUGGUACUACUGUAAAAGGUUGAUGCUGAGCAUGGUCUGUCUAUGAUGUAAAGCUAGAGAUGGAAAAAAUGCAGGAGCAUGUUUAUCUCUUUGAACUUGUUUGUUUCCUGGUCUGCUAUGCUUUCCCCUAGUGACCUGUUUUGUAUUUUCCUUCCAGUAAAGCAGUGUCAUUCUUAAGUUUGAUCUACUUAGUGUAAGGUUUUCAUACCCAUUGUAACUAAUGUCUGUUCAUUUUUUAACCGUGGCAAACUGGUGGUUUGACAUAAUUGCGUUGACAUAAUAAAACAUAUUUAAGUCACUCUUA